ACUGCGAACGCCGGCUGAGCUGGGUCUCGCAGCUGGGUGCGCGGCGGCGGAGAGCGAGGCCUGGUGAGCACCCCCUAGGUGCGAGCCGACUUCUUCGAGGUUGUGUAAGCGAUAGGUUUGGCGGGCCGGCGAGCGAGCAAGCGGUUUCCUUCAAGUGGCACCGGGAUCGGUUGCCGUUAGCCUGAAAACAUGACUACCCCAGGAAAAGAAAACUUUCGCCUGAAAAGUUACAAAAAUAAGUCCCUGAAUCCUGAUGAGAUGCGCAGGAGGAGGGAAGAAGAAGGACUACAGUUACGUAAGCAGAAGAGAGAAGAGCAGUUAUUCAAACGAAGAAAUGUUGCUACCGCAGAAGAAGAAACAGAAGAGGAAGUUAUGUCAGAUGGAGGCUUCCAUGAAGCUCAGAUUAAUAACAUGGAAAUGGCACCAGGUGGUGUGAUUACUUCUGACAUGAUUGAAAUGAUAUUUUCCAAUAGCCCAGAGCAACAGCUUUCAGCAACGCAGAAAUUCAGAAAAUUGCUUUCAAAAGAACCUAAUCCUCCUAUUGACGAAGUCAUCAGCACACCAGGAGUAGUGGCCAGGUUUGUGGAGUUCCUCAAACGAAAGGAGAAUUGUACGCUGCAGUUUGAAUCAGCUUGGGUAUUGACAAAUAUUGCUUCAGGAAAUUCUCUUCAGACCCGGAUUGUGAUUCAGGCAGGAGCUGUGCCUAUCUUCAUAGAGUUGCUCAGCUCAGAGUUUGAAGAUGUCCAAGAGCAGGCAGUCUGGGCUCUUGGCAACAUUGCUGGAGAUAGUACCAUGUGCAGAGACUAUGUCUUAGACUGCAAUAUUCUUCCCCCUCUUUUGCAGUUAUUUUCAAAACAAAACCGCCUGACGAUGACCCGGAACGCAGUGUGGGCUUUGUCUAAUCUCUGUAGAGGGAAAAGUCCACCUCCAGAAUUCGCAAAGGUUUCCCCCUGUCUGAAUGUGCUUUCCUGGUUGCUGUUUGUCAGUGACACUGACGUGCUGGCUGAUGCCUGCUGGGCCCUUUCAUACCUGUCAGAUGGACCUAAUGAUAAAAUUCAAGCAGUCAUUGAUGCAGGGGUGUGUAGAAGACUUGUGGAGCUGCUGAUGCAUAACGAUUACAAAGUGGUUUCUCCUGCUUUGAGGGCUGUGGGAAACAUUGUCACAGGGGAUGAUAUUCAGACACAGGUAAUUUUGAAUUGUUCAGCUCUGCAGAGCUUAUUGCAUUUGCUCAGUAGCCCAAAGGAAUCUAUCAAAAAGGAAGCAUGUUGGACAAUAUCUAAUAUCACAGCGGGAAAUAGGGCCCAGAUCCAGACUGUGAUAGAUGCCAACAUUUUUCCAGCCCUCAUUAGUAUAUUACAAACUGCUGAGUUUCGAACAAGGAAAGAAGCAGCUUGGGCCAUCACAAAUGCAACUUCUGGAGGAUCAGCUGAACAGAUCAAGUACCUCGUUGAACUGGGUUGUAUCAAGCCACUCUGUGAUCUUCUCACAGUCAUGGACUCUAAGAUUGUACAGGUUGCUCUGAAUGGCUUGGAAAAUAUCCUGAGGCUCGGAGAACAAGAAGCCAAAAGAAACGGCACUGGCAUUAAUCCCUACUGUGCUUUGAUUGAAGAAGCUUAUGGUCUGGAUAAAAUUGAGUUCUUGCAGAGUCAUGAAAACCAAGAGAUCUACCAGAAGGCCUUUGAUCUAAUUGAGCAUUAUUUUGGUACCGAGGAUGAGGACAGCAGCAUUGCGCCCCAGGUUGACCUUAGCCAGCAGCAGUACAUCUUCCAGCAAUGUGAGGCUCCUAUGGAAGGUUUCCAGCUUUGAAGCAAUACACUGGUUUUAUGUUCCUGUGUCAGACCAGGCUACCCAGUCAAGUCCUCUUGUGGAGCCCACAGUCCUCAUGGAGCUAACUUCUCAAAUGUUUUCCAUAAUACUGUUUGCGCUCAUUUGCUUGUCUUGCGCACCUGCUCUCUUACACACAUCUGGAAAACCUCCGGCUCUCUGUGGUGGAUUACCCUUCUAAGAAAAGUGUAACCAGAAUGGCCCACUCUCUUAAGGAAAAUCCCUAGGUUUUGGAGAUCCGCACUUAUUAUAAGAGUCAUAGGAAUAUACACAUUAAUGUGGCUCUCCUUUUUUGUGUGGGGGGAAAAGAGGGCUCCCCUUCAUUCCCUUUUAAGUGGGGAAAAAUACUGACAUUUAAAAGAUGAGACUAAAACUUUAUCUUGAAUUUCACACAACUACUUGCAAACAAGGGAGAUGGUUAGACCUAUUGUGUAUACAUCAGAGUACUUUUCAUGAGUUCUUCCACAGUGAACCUUUGGAUUACCUGGUGGCUUUUUCUAGCCAAAUUUGCAUUAAUACUUACUGAGAUUGGAUGGUUUUCUUUCCUACAUUGGCGCCAUUCUUCACAGCUGUUAAAGUUAAACCAUCUGCUCUUUCACCUUCAGCCUUCAGUGAAUGUGCUUUCUAGUUGUCAGGAAUGCUGAAGCAUUAACACUUGAUUCUCAGAUGUGAUACUGGUUUGAAGAUUUCCUUAGAGCAGAAAGGAGAGGGGCACAUAGUAAUUUGUAUGGCUAUUGCUUCUCUUUGGUCUUCCAUGUCUUAGGAUUUGGAAGUGGUUCAGUUCUAAUGCUGGUUGAAGACUGAUUUAGAAUCCUUAGUAAUCUAAAACAUAUUCUGUAAUUCAAUAAAAAAGUGAAAAAUAAACAACAACAAAAAACCCCUCCAGUUUUCCCAAACUUAACCAGUGUGACUAGAAGCUGUGUUUCUGCAUUUAAACAAAUGUUUCAGGCUUUGUGGUCCUGAUAAGGUCCUCAUUAAAUUCGAGUUCACCCUAGGUGCUUUUCCCCUCUGUGACUGGCAGAUAACACAUCACUUUUAAAGGUUACUUAGGAAGUGUUUUUUAAUUGGAUGCAGCAUGAUUCUAAUGUAUCCAUGCUGCAGAUGUGAUCCCUUAAUGUAGCGUCCUUAUCAUAAAUGAAUAACCGUCUUCUCAACAUGACCUGUUAACUCAAAUAAGGGCAGAGAUCUUUUUCUUAGAACUCUAUUGUCCCCCAAAUCAUGUCAUUUUAUCUCGUACAAGUUAGUACUGCCCGGUGAAGUUGCCCUCCCCCCCGUCAUGAAAUAAAAAGUUUCUGCCUUCUGGCUCAUUUAAUGACUGCAGUCUGUACCUGCAAAUGGCACUUCCAGUACUGUCUUCAGUGAUGUACAUUUGUGCUUGGACUGGAACAAAAAAAUAAGUGUAAUUGCCAAGAGAACUGCAGCCGAACAUACAACUUCUUGGUGCUAGUUGGCCAUCUUGACUCAAUAUUGGGACACACUAUUGCAGAAGAUUUAUAUUUGUUGAUGAGCUAUUCAAAAUGAAUUCAGAAGGAAGAGUUGCUCACUUCUGUUUUAGAGAAUACCCUUUUAAUCCUCUUUAAUCUUGUCUUCUUCUCGAGUUCAUUAUAACCCCAAAGUUGUGUUCUUUGGGAAUUCCCCUCACAAGCUAUUCUACAUCUCUGGUAAAUCCCGCUGAGUGUUAGGGAUAUUCAGCGCUCUCAUACCUCAUCAUGUCAAUUAAGAAGUCAACUUACACGACCUGAUUUGAACUUUUUAAAAAUCCACUUCAUUUAAAAUAAAAAGAAAAAAAGACAAAGGACAUUUCAGCCAAGCCUGUGACACAGUCUUCACACCUAACCUGUAGUUGUGUCCGCUCUGGAUGGAUACAGUCUGAUGUCUGUUGGUGGUGGAGCAGCCACUGCAAACUAGUCAACUCGCGCGUUUAUAACUGUUACUUUUUCUAGUGCUGCUUUGUGCUGAAAGAACAUUUUAGUUUACUGCACUUGACCUGUAAAAGACUUUGAUUCUUUGUAACUUUAGGGACAAGUUAGGUGGUUAAUUUAAAGAAAAACUUUCAAUGUUGCCUUUACAUCACGUUAAAAUAUAACUUCUUUCAGAAGGGUAAUAGAAGCACUGAUUCAUAGCAAAAGUCUUGUUUUUAGCUUUGACUUCUUUUGUGGCUGAGUUUUUAAAAAUUGUAAAUUACUGGUAACACGUCAUUUCUUUAGAAUGUUUUAAAUUAUGUACCUUUUGGAUAAUUUAAAAUUUUUUCAGUUCAUGUUGAUAAACCAAUUUGAAUGGAAAAAAUAAAAAGCACACAAAGUGGUUUCUCCACAUUAGAAUAGCAUAUGUUGGAAAUUUUUGCCAGCAAUUGCAGGUGUCUUAAUGAAUGAAUUAAAACAAAGUCCACUCAACUAAUGUGGUCUAUUUUCUGUUUAAAACAGGAAUUUAUCUUGCUCCUGUCUUAGAAUUUCAUGAGCCACAAGCAAAAAUUUUCUUAGAACAUAAUGGUGUUUUUUAAAUAUAAAAAUUGGAAUUGACUAAAUGUUAAAUCCCAGCAUAACUGUUGGAACUGAGAAAGCAGCCUUUUUUUGUGGUAAAAAUGACAUUUCAGGAGGUAACUGUAAGUCCUAUUUUUAGUUCUCUACCUGGCAGAUUCUCUUAAUUUCAGUCUAUUGAAUAUACCCUAUCAAUAAGAUGGUACUCAUUACAAAAGCACAUUAAUUUCAACACCAGAAAACUGCGGUUUUAUAUACUGAUGAGGGGAGAAGUGACUUGAUCACCACCGCCAACCCCUUUUUUUCUGCUCAAAAUUUUCAAUAUAGAUUCUUUGUAAUGAGAACUUCUGUGGGGAAAAAAGCACUGAGAGGAUUUGGGAGUAGUGGCGCCUUGUAUCCGAAGGACCAGCAGGUAAAAUAUGAUUAGAUUGAGAAAGGUGGAAAUGAUAGAUAAGAAGAAUGGUGAGAUUUAGUGGACAGACUUUCCUAUGAAACACAUUAAUUCAUGUUGUCAUUAAGUAAUUGGGACCCUUUAAAACCACCUUUAUCAGCUGUACUGCUUUUGAAAACUAUUAUUGCCCUAGGAUUGUUUCUUUGCCAGAUAAAACUGAAUGGACUCUGGGUCAUUUUCAUCAUUAUUGUCACAGAUAGAAACAUUGAUAACUAUCCCCCAAUAAAUCUGAGUUAUUCCAGAUUGUUGCUGAUUUUGCCUUAAAAAAUAUGUAGUAUAUAUUAUAAAUGAAUCUUUGUCAUCUAAAUCCUCUGUUGUAUCAAUACAUGGCUACCCGCAGGCAACUUUGAAAUUUACUUCCUUAGUGCUAAAUAAAUAGUUUAGUUAUUUCCAAAAUUUGAGGUUGCAUUACAAAAGGGUUUACCUUGGGUUGAAGGACUUUUCUUUCUGGCUCAUUAGUUUUGCGAACAUUUUUAUAUUAAUAGGCAAGUUAUAACUGUUUUAGGGCUUGGGGGUUUUUCAUACAGGGUGAGGCAAAAGCAGGUUUACAUUUGUGAGUAAACAGCUUAUUGUGUAUUGUAUUCCAUAUGAACAACUGUAAACCUACUUUUGUCCUGCCCUGUAUAUGUAUUAGAAAAUUGUGAUGUUUAAGAAUGAUGUUCAGUAAAGGAAUCCACUUCUUGAUGGGCAUUGUUUGUUUUUCAUAUUUAUAAGCUGUAUGCUACCUCCUACAUUCCAAAAUUUGCUCAUUUGCAGAGAUAGGUGUACCUACACAUGGCAGUCUCAAAUCUGAAUUUUUUUUGCUGUCUGAAAUUAAUAAAGCCAUUUUAUUCUAUUGUGAAGUGAGCAGAGUACAUACUUAUCUACCAGGUAGGAAAUUUUGGGGCUACCUU